AUGUCUUCCCCCACCCCUGAGGACACUCCCCAAGAGCAUGGGCCUGAGCCCUCAAGCUCCAAGAAGAAGAAGAAAAGAAAGUGGCUGCAGCAAGAGGCCAGCAUCCAGGCCCUCACCAGGGCUGGCCAUGGUGCCCUGAGGGCAGGCCGGAACCACGAGGCCUUGACCAGCUUCCAGAGGGCCUUCCUCCUAGCCUCCAAGGCCCCACGAGCCAAAGAUACCCCUGUCCUCCGGGCCUGCGCCUUCAAUCUGGGGGCUGCCUACGUGGAGACUGGGGAUCCAGCCAGAGGCCUUGAGCUACUCCUGCGAGCUCGGCCUGAAGAGAAGGCUCAGGGCGGGUGCUGUGGUGACCAGUGCUUCAAUGUGGCUUUGGCCUACCAUGCACUGGGUGACCUGCCCCAAGCUUUGGCCUGGUAUCACAGAGCUCUGGGCCACUACCAGCCUCAGGGUGACCAGGGAGAAGCCCAGGCAAAAAUGGGAGACUGCUAUCAGGCUCUGGGACAGCCUGAGCUAGCAGCCCUCUGCCUGCAGGAAGCCAGCCGGGCCUAUGCCCAGGCGGGGCGGCCCCGGGCCGCAGCCCUGACAAUGGGGGCUGCGGCGGGGUGUAUGCUGAAGAGCGGACGGCAUGGGGUGGGUGAGGUGGUGCAGGUGCUGGAGGAGAGCCGGAGGCUUGCUGAGAGGAGCGCUGAACGUGGGUUGCUGGGGCAGCUCUAUAACGACCUAGGCCUGGGCUACUCCCAGCUCCAGCUGUUCCCGCUGGCAGUGGAGGCCUUCCUGCAGGCCCUGCCCCUGUGCCGGGAGCCUGGAGAGGAGGCCACUGUGCUAAGAAACCUCGGGAUGGCCCACAAUGCUCUUGGCAACUAUCAGGAAGCUCGGGAGUUUCACCAGAAGGCUGCCAACCUGCAUGGCUCUGUGGGGCAGCGCUGGGAGCAGGGCCGGAGUUUUGGCAGCCUGGCGUUUGCGCUGAGCCAGCUGGGGGACCACAAGGCCGCCAGAGACAAUUACCUUCACGCCCUGCAGGCUGCCCGAGACACUGGGGACGUGAAGGGGCAGUGGCAGGCCUGCGAGGGUCUGGGGGCUGCUGCGGCCAGACUGGGGCAAUACGACCAGGCCUUGAAGCACUAUAAGGAAGCGCUGGCCCAGUGCCAGAAAGAGCCGGAUUCUGUGAGACAACGUCUCGUGGCCAAACUGGCGGAUGCCAUGAGGACCCACUUGGCCCAGGGGGAGCUGGUCCUGACUCACACCCCGACCCCGGCUUCCGGGAGGCCGCAGCCUCCUGGUGGGGCCUGCCCGGCGGGGAGCCCAGCCUGGGUGGGGAGGGGCAAGGCAGACGCCCAGCGCAGAUCUGCCGGUCGGUGGGAAGACGAAGAGGCUGAGGAUAACCGUGAGAAGAAAGAGGAGGAGGGGUCGGCGAAUGUUCCCGCAAUGUCUCGGGCGCGGAGACUGGAGAGUCCAGGACCCAGGAUCCAUCUCUCAUUUGGAGGCCCAGAUUCCUCCAGAGUGGGGAAACCUGGCAUCCUGGUACCCAAUGGCCCUCAAGCCAACAGGUCAUCCAGAUGGCCCUGGGAAGCCCCCAGCAGGAAUCCCCAGAGGAGACCCAACGAGUCUGGCUUUUGCACGAUCACGUGACUCCACUCUGCUCGCCACAGCUCUGGCCUCUGCAAUACCCCCCGGCACACACACUUUAGGGACUUCUGGGGACCAAGCCUCUUCGCAUUUGUUCAACCCUGUGUGGACCUGGAACAUAAAAAAGCACGCUGGACAGGGCUUUGCGAUCUCAGCACUGAGGGGCUGUUUGCUCUUCAUUGGGAUUUUUGCACUCGCUAGGCAAAGAAGAAAGGAAAAUGGAUGGUGACUUCCCCCUUUUCUUUCUGGAUCUAAAUCUCAUGACUGCUAAGGACUUUGUCAGUCCUAAAAACUAUGACUUUUUGGUCAAGUGGCUUUGCAGUCACUGACUCUCUGUAGACCUCCAUUUUCUCAUGUGUGGAAUGGGAAUCAUAACACUACAGGAGAUACAUCUUAACUAACCUAUGCAGUCCACUUCCUCCUCCAUGGAAUGCAGGGGAUGCUGGUGGGGUCAGACCUGCCGCCUGCAGAACACCUGUUGCUAGUGGCAGUAACAAUGAUAUUAUGUAACAUUUACAGAGCGCUUACCACAUGCCACACACUAUGGUAAGUGUUCACAAGUGUUUUCUCCUUUCAUCUUCACAACAUCGCUAUGAUGCAGGAGUUGUGAUUAUCCCCUU